UUAUUUUUCACAUCCCUAAGACAAACAGAAAUGACUUGGAUGCGCUGAUGGGCUGAAAAUGAAUUGUGCGCGCCAUCCCACAAGAACGCCCAGUCCGACAAGUGAUAAAUAAAUUUGCAACAAAUUUCGCUCCGUUUCGCACGCACCCCGACACACACACACACUCCUCCCUCCCCAUCGGAUCGGGACACAUACACGCGCAUAGUGAAAAAAAAAGAAUUGCAAAUAAAAGAAAAAAGGAAAAACGCGUCUACAAGGAAGUUCCCGUGCCCCGUGCUCCGUGUUGUAGGAAAAUCGAUCGAUUUUCCUCCUUGGCCUGCAAAAUUUAUAGUCUGCAGUUUACUGUGUUUCGGGAUCUCUUUUAUUUGAGUUUUUUUUUGUUUUCGCGGUGCAAAGUACGCACGCAGAGGAGUGAGCGAGAGCGGUGAACCGGUGAAGAGAGGUGAAGAAACGCGGAGCAGCGGCAAUUAGCAAGGCUUUGCGCUUAUAAAUACCUAUAUAUAUAUAUAAAUAUAUAUUCCAUAUUAAAAUCGCGAAUAUUAAUGAAACAAAAACAAAGCGGCAGCAUUGACAAAAAUUUCUAAUACAAAAAUAAACCAAACAAAUCGGCGCCGCUGGCAACAGAGCGACAGAGAGAGAGUGAGCAGAAGGAAGGGCGAGCGAGCGAGAGAGAGAGUGGGAGAGGCGCCAAAAAGGUAACGGAAAACAAGACAAGAAGAAGCUGCUUGAACACCAACAAUUGCUGAGAGCGAGAGCGAGAGAGCAGAGCGUCUUGGGCGCGCGUCAUCGAUAUUGUAUCUUCAAUUGUUUACACGACUGGCUCUGUUUGUAGUGUGUAUCGUUUUUGCGGCACACCCAAGGCGGAAAACACCCGCAGCCACGCCUCCCCGCCUCCCUAGAAAACCCAACAGCAGCAGCAACAACAACCUGCAACGAAAGAGAGCCCAGAAAAAGGCACAGACCGAAAAAAAGCCGAAAACAAAUUCGGACAGUUCUUCAUCUUCCCACUCCCGGCCUGGCAUGGAAAUAGUAUGAAAUGUCUAACCACGAACCAGAGCUGAGAGUCUCAAAUGCAAGCAAGCCAACGCCAGCGGGAGUAUCCAAGUCCACCAAUAGCUGAAGAGAAAGUUGCUGCGGAAUCGCCCCAGGAGCUGAUAGAGGAUCCCGUGCACUUAUCAAGCCGGUGACUGGGUUAACUUCCGGUCCGUUUCGUUCCGUUUUCUUUUCUUUAUGUUUUUUUUUUUUGUAAGCACAAACCAAACCAAACCAAAACAAAGCAAAAAGAAUAAGAAAAAACAUAACGAAAGCCGAAGCCGAAGCCAGUAGAAGAUAGCGCCGAGCAAACAGACUCUCAUCCAGUCAUCAUUCAAUCAUCCAGUCAUCCGGAACGAACGAACAAACGGAUCUGUCGCAGCACAAGUCUACUUAAGGAAGGAAUCGCUUGGACUAUAGCCAUUUAAUAAUAAUAAUAUAUAUAAUACUUUAAACACACAUCACACACCAUAAACACACACACACACCCGCAAUCAGGAUGAACUCCACCACAAAGCACCUGCUGCACUGCACACUGCUCAUCACUGUGAUAGUUACCUUCGAAGUAUUCUCCGGCGGUAUUAAGAUCGACGAGAACUCGUUCACGAUCGUCGAUCCAUGGACUGAGUACGGCCAGGUGGCCACCGUUCUGCUGUACUUACUGCGCUUUCUCACCCUCCUCACCCUGCCCCAGGUGUUGUUUAACUUCUGCGGCCUUGUCUUCUACAAUGCCUUUCCCGAGAAGGUCGUCCUCAAGGGCAGCCCCCUAUUGGCGCCCUUCAUCUGCAUCCGUGUUGUCACGCGCGGUGAUUUCCCCGAUUUGGUAAAGACAAAUGUAUUGCGAAAUAUGAACACCUGCCUGGACACGGGAUUGGAGAAUUUUUUAAUUGAGGUGGUCACCGAUAAGGCGGUUAAUCUAUCGCAGCAUCGUCGCAUCCGUGAGAUUGUUGUGCCCAAGGAGUAUAAGACACGCACAGGAGCGUUAUUUAAAUCGAGAGCCCUGCAAUACUGUCUCGAGGACACGGUGAAUGUGCUGAACGACAGCGAUUGGAUUGUCCAUUUGGAUGAGGAGACGCUGCUCACCGAGAAUUCGGUGCGUGGCAUUAUCAAUUUCGUCCUGGAUGGCAAGCAUCCGUUUGGCCAGGGCCUGAUCACGUACGCCAAUGAGAAUGUGGUCAAUUGGCUGACCACUUUGGCGGACAGCUUUCGGGUGUCGGACGACAUGGGCAAGCUACGGCUCCAGUUCAAGCUCUUCCACAAGCCCCUAUUCAGCUGGAAGGGCAGCUAUGUGGUCACCCAGGUCGGUGCCGAGCGUUCGGUGUCCUUUGACAACGGUAUCGAUGGCUCCGUGGCCGAGGAUUGCUUCUUUGCGAUGCGUGCCUUUAGCCAGGGCUAUACGUUCAAUUUCAUCGAGGGCGAGAUGUACGAGAAGUCACCGUUCACGCUGCUGGACUUUCUGCAGCAACGCAAACGCUGGCUCCAGGGCAUCCUGCUGGUGGUCCACUCCAAGAUGAUACCGCUCAAGCACAAGCUGCUGCUGGGUAUCAGUGUCUACUCGUGGGUAACCAUGCCCCUGUCAACGUCAAACAUCAUAUUUGCUGCUCUGUAUCCCAUACCGUGUCCCAAUCUCGUGGAUUUUGUCUGCGCGUUCAUUGCGGCCAUCAAUAUCUACAUGUAUGUGUUUGGCGUCAUCAAAUCCUUCUCGCUGUAUCGCUUUGGAUUGUUCCGGUUCCUGGCCUGCGUGCUGGGUGCCGUGUGCACAAUACCCGUGAAUGUGGUCAUUGAGAAUGUGGCCGUCAUUUGGGGAUUGGUCGGCAAGAAGCACAAGUUCUAUGUGGUGCAGAAGGAUGUGCGCGUACUGGAGACUGUCUAAGGUUAACCAGGAGAUGGAUAGAGAGACGAGUCAUCAUCAUAUCGCCGACUGCCGACUGCCGCCGCCGCCGCCUCAGCAAACCAAAUGAAACAAAAAGCAAAAACAAAAAAGGAAUCGCACAAUUUUGGCCAGGUUCUUCAGUGUGUUGCCCUGCACGUCACUCGCGUCUGAUUGAUUUAUUUUAUUUGUACAUUUCCUAAGCAUAAGGUUCACCCCCCACACCGCCACCCCCGCACACACCACACUCUCUCUGCACACACCACUAGCACAUUUAAUUGUUGUUUCGUUCUAAAUCCGCUCAUCAUUCAUAAUAUUGCCAAAAACAAAAAAUAAGAAAAAAAGAAAAAAUAAUUAAAUAUAAAAUGAAAAAGGAAAAAUCAAAGAAAAUAAGAGAUGAGGGCCUGAAAUGGCCAAAAGAACAAAUGUUAUAGACAAAUGUGUUGAGACGAGAUCGAUUCUAUGUAUGAAAAUGCACGCACUACUCACGCACACAAAAGAGAAAAACAACACACACACACAUACACCAGCCACAACAAAUACGAAAACAUCCAACAUUUAGAAACAAAAACCAGAAAAGAAAAGAACUCUCCAUUAAGUGUAACUUUCAUUAUAAAUAUUAUUUUUUUGUAUAGUCUGUAGUGAAGAAUGCGCUAUAUUUAUAU